AGUGAAGAAUCCGUCCCAUACAUGCAUCGCAUUCACCACCGACCUCCCUCGAAAGGCAUUCUCCGCGUUGUCCACGUGCAGUAAGAAAUGGGCAUUGCUAUUGGUAAAGAGACAGGGAGAAGCAUCUACCAUACAAAUAGAUGAAUGAAAAAUGAAUAAAUACCCGCCAACCCAUCUCUUCAUCCCUGUUCUCGUUUCCUCGCGCUCUACCCAUCUUCAUCCCCAUCGGCCACUAAUUCUGUGCCAGAUUAUUGUAAACAAUGCCUUACUGCAAGGUGAGCAAAUACCAGCAGGACAAAUUUAAUGAAGGCAUAGAGAUAUACUACGAGCAAUACGGUCAGGGAGACAUCAAGGUCCUCCUCGUCAUUGGCCUGGCUGGUACACAUGAUUCUUGGUCUCCACAGAUUAAAGGGCUAACAGGGGUUGACAUUCUAAACAAAGAUGCAUCUCACGCCAAGGAUAUUGAUGGAAAUAAAAGGGAAUAUUCAAACGGAUCUCUUACUCAGUAUCCUCCAGAAAUGCAAGAUUUGUUGGUGCAUAAUUCUGGAACAGUAUUCCCAAAGAAUUCUAUCCAGGUCUGCUCUUUUGACAACCGAGGUGUUGGGCAGAGCACUGUGCCCAAGCAUAGAUCUUAUUAUUCAACAACUAUUAUGGCAAGGGAUGCUUUGGCUUUAUUAGAUCAUUUAGGCUGGAAGAAGGCUCAUGUCUUUGGUCAUUCUAUGGGGGCUAUGAUAGCAUGCAAAUUGGCAGCAAUUGAACCUACUAGAAUUUCAUCAUUGGCAUUACUUAAUGCAACUGGAGGAGGCUUCGAAUGUUUUCCUAAGAUUGACCGCACCAUGAUUUCCAUUAUAUUACGUUUCUUGAAAGCAAGAACUCCAGAAGAAAGAGCUGAUGUUGAUUUAGAUACUCACUAUACAAAGGAGUUUCUUGAAGCUUAUAUUGGAAAUGUGAAAAGAAGGGAAAUUUUAUAUCAGGAGUAUGUGAGAAAUAUAUCGAAAAGUGGUAUGCAGAUCAAACAUGGCUUUGAUGGGCAUGCAAAUGCAUGUUGGACCCACAAGAUGACACCCAGUGAAUAUGAAAUUAUCCAAACAGCUGGUAUUCAUAUUGCAGUUAUCCAUGGCAGGGAUGAUAUUAUUGCACAUGUGAGACAUGGAAGGAAGAUUGCAAAGAAUUUACACCCAGUAGCAAGGAUGAUAGAGCUUCAUGGGGGACAUCUAGUUAGCCAUGAAAAAUCUGAAGCGGUGAAUCAAGCUCUUAUUAAGCUUAUUGAGGCAUCAGAAUUAAACAUGAGCCCCCAAGAGUGGGUGAAUUUGCCUCAACAUGAAAAUGGAUUGGAAGUCAAAGGCGUAUCAACUCAGUAUCAAGGAGACAAGGAAGACGAGAUCCCUUUCUCUACAAGCUUUUAUAGCUUUUGGAGACAUUUGCAGAUGAUGUUAUUAUAUUUUUUAGGAUUAUUCAUGAUAUUGUGGAAUCUUGUCAAACAAUUUUCUAUAUGCUUCAAAAAGGAGAAAGUUGAACCAUUUCAUGCUGCUGUGGAUGCUCAUGAUCAAUGUUCCUCAAGAAGAGAACAAUCAAGUGUACUUGUGUCACAAUUUUAGCUAGGUGGAAACUGCCCAGUGAAGCUCCCAUAUGUUCUUUAUUUUUUAAGAUUAAAUUUCACCUUCAACCCUUAAUUGUUUGUUCUAGUGAUGUCGUAAAACGUUCUUUAUUUAGAAGAUUCAAAUUUCAUCGCUAACCUCUAAUUCUCUGUUCUUGAACCUUAUAAGGCAAUUGAAUAUUUAUGUGCCCAUGUUGUUCAUUAGUAGUACAUGGUUUGUAGUUUCCUCUAAACAAAUGUGAAAAUGAUUCAUAUACACUCUUUCAUGUUUCUUGAAUAA